AUGACGCUCGCGGCAGCAACUGGUGGCAAUCCUAUUGUUCACUCUGGCAAUUCUGUCCUCAAUUCGCAGAGUCGGGCGCCAGAUAGAAAUUUGGAUGAAUAUUUUGUUCCAAAUCUUGAGGAGGUAGCUUUUACCUUCGAGCCUUCGACUGCUUUAGGCCUUCCAAAUCCAUCGGACGUAUCUACAGCGCAAUCCCUUGGCAAAGACUUUCAAACUCUCCCUCAACGUGCAUUCCCAGGCACCGAACGUCAGGAAGAUAUUGCCUGGCUCUUUCGAGAGGCAAACUUGUUUGACUGGCAACCCAAUGAACAUCUCGGACGGCCUUUGGAGGAAUUUGUAUGGGAUACUCCACCAGUCUGA